UUGUGUUUAGACAUGUAAUGCCUGAAGAAAGUUAUAUAGAACAUUUCGUUUGUAGAGGCACAAAAUUGCUUCAAAUUUGAAUAAACUCACGUGUAUUCUACAGAAUUUUAUAUUCGUCAAAAAGUGUGUGUUGAGACAUUUUGAACCUGUGAAAAAAGUGGAGGAUAGACUGAUUUCUACGUCAAAUGAGGAACAAUUUCUACUUUCAAAAGGCAAAAACUCAUGUUUCACAUCCAUUCUAUUAAAUUUUAUUGAUAUCUGAAAUGAGAUCAUUGUAGUCUCGAAGUUCUACUGUUUUCCCGGAAACUUUCAUUUGGUGAGUUGAAAUUUAACAGUAUUUCAAAACAUUUUAGAACUAAAUACGUGAUAGAACAUUUGUUUCAUUGUCAUGGAAUGAGGAGUUACGUAGUAACUACCGUUAACUUGAUAAAGGGAUAGUUAUUAUAGUAAAAAUAGGAAUUACAUACACGUGUUGAAGUUAAAUCGAACUUUGUAGCUCCAAUCAAGUUACCACGUGAUAAUUCUGUGUUGAAAAUGGUGAGAGACAAACUACUAGAAAACUUUACAGAUUUUUCUCAUUUUGAAAACUUUGAGUGUCAAUGAAUAUGUGAGUGAGUAACACUAUAGUGACAAAGAAAAGGUGUUCAGUGUAGUUAUAAUACCGAAUAGAGCCUGAAAAUUUUGAGAAGUGACCUUUUGACAACAGAAAGAAACGUAACAACAAUUAUUUGAGUAUUGUUGCCAAAACUGUUGACUACAUCGCGAUAAUUGACUCAUCUUCAAAUCUCUAUUAAAUUGAUUAUCAUAUUGGAACUGAACAUUCUCGAAAACAAAAAAUUAAAUACUCUACAUGAACUUAUCGAAAACAGUGAAAGUCGGUCUUCAAUAUCUGAACUGAAACCUGGUGUAAUCUACGGGGGUGAAAAUUGGAAACUUCCAUCACCAGCUGGAGUCCAACCCAGCACCGCUGAAACCUUCUUCUUAUCUACUUCCUCGAUUCAACAGUUUCUCAAGCCAGACUACCACCACACCAGCUGCACUAGAGAGAGAGAGAGAAUGGAGGAGUGAAUGAGGAGGUGAGGAGGAGGUGAGGAGGAAUGGCAGAAGGAGAAGAAGAGACUGGAGACGCCAUGUUAGCAGUUAGCGCUUCACCCCACAGCGUCAUGCGGCGAGAACAUUCUCAACCAAUGAACUUGAAAUCUGAGGAAUCGGAUGACGACUCCUCGUGCACCGGCUCGACUAGCAGCUCCCUGUCACCGGGUGACAUCCCCCUACCACCAACCAACCCCGACCUGACCGCCCAACCGGUCAGAGGGGGAAACGGAGGAACACACAAUCUCUCAGUCAGACCGGACAGCUACCUGAGAGAUACCUCCUCUCUCAGGGAUGGGUCUCUCCUCAGAGAGAACUCGCUCAGGGAAGGAGGUCAAGGUCAUCCUCAGGACAGAAGGCAGGAUGAGGGUGGAGAGGCUCUCCCUCUGAAGGGAGGGAAUCGUCAACAUAGGGAGCGCAGUAUGAGCCCUGUCAAAGGAGAGGGGUUGGAUGCGACUAAAGGACAGAAUCAUCUCAAUGGAUUGGCAGGACUCAUGGGACUACAGAAUUUGGCCGGACUGCAAAAUCUUCACUCUCAGUCUAAUCCACCACAGCACAAUUCUUCACAAUUAUUGAACACACCCCUCAAUCUCAGCAUAAAUGCUACUGGCUCGAUGCAAGUGGGAGCCAACAACGGUGCCUCCCCAGGAGUGGUCCCCCAAGCGCCUCCCCAGCUACUCACUGCUCCCCAGCCGGCUGCCAUGCCUCAGUUCAUCCUGGCCUCAGGACAGCUAGUGCAAGGCAUACAGGGUGCGCAACUGCUAAUACCCACUUCACAAGGUAUUGCAACACAAACGAUUCUCACAAUCCCGGUUAACCACGUAACCAGCAAUCAAAUAGUUAACCUGGCGUUAAGCAACGGUCAAGUGAUAACCACCACUUUGGCUAAUCUCCAGUCAAUGGCGCAGCCUCACCAUCUACUGGCUCCUACUCAUAGUUCAGUUUCAAGCGCCAGCCCACCCAUAAUUCCCGCCACCGGCCUCAGUCCUGCCAACGCAACACUCACUAGUCAACUUCUCAACGGCCAUAGCACUGCUACCAACCUAAACAACAACCUCGCCAGUGUAGCCAACUGCAACAACGGGUUGCCAACGCAACAUAACCUCAACCAGUCGAAUCUCAGUGGUCAUCUGGGCAGUAAUGGCAGUCUUCAAGGUCAAGCAGGUCAGGCUCAAGGUCAGAGCCAUUCUCAAGGUCAAAGUCACCAGCAACAGCUGAUCAAUGCUUUGCAGCAGCAUCAGCAACAACAGCAACAGCAGAAUGCAAAUGGUGGCCAGAUGUCGGUUCAGAGGUCGCCUAACCAUUUUUCGCAGAAUGCAGACAAAUCUCCACCUCAUCCCAGCGCUGCCACCAAUGGUCUCCUACCGAAUGGAGGUGGUGUGACACCAUCGUCAUCUAUGCCUUCGUCACCACUGAACACCGCGGUGAUCAACCGUCUGGCGGCCACCAACUCGGACCUCACCAUCACGACCACCUCCACCCCCAACUCUAAGCAGCAUCAGCACAUCAAUAACAACAACAACAACUAUGCACCUCAGUCCAUGCAGCACAGCCCAGCUGGCAUUGAUCUACUGGAUGAUUCACCAAAUCAACCAACCAUCAGCCAGAGCAACUGCAACAUGGUGGAUGGCAUCAACUUGGACGAGAUCAAGGAGUUCGCCAAGGCAUUCAAGCUGAGACGUCUCUCGCUCGGUUUGACUCAGACCCAGGUCGGCCAAGCACUCAGCAUCACUGAAGGUCCUGCCUACAGUCAGAGCGCAAUCUGCAGUGCCCUGGCCACUCAGAUGUACUGCGCAGCUCAGCUGGCCACAGCCCAACAGCAGUCAAUGUACGUCCAACCCGAAUGCAACUCAAAUGCCCGGUUUGAGAAACUCGAUAUAACACCAAAAAGCGCUCAGAAAAUAAAACCGGUUCUGGAGAGAUGGAUGAAAGAGGCUGAAGAGAGGUACAAAAGUGGACAAAACCAUUUGACAGAGUUUAUCGGUGUGGAGCCCUCCAAGAAGAGGAAAAGAAGAACCUCAUUCACACCGCAAGCCCUAGAACUGCUCAAUGCACACUUCGAGAGGAACACACAUCCUUCUGGCACAGAGAUCACAACCCUGGCCCACCAGCUGGGCUAUGAGCGAGAGGUGAUCCGCAUCUGGUUCUGCAACAAGCGGCAAGCACUCAAGAACACCGUGCGCAUGAUGUCGAAAGGCGGUUGUCCCACUUAGCCCACGGCCUCAGCCCAGCCACCAUUCCUCUGGGACUUCGACUAAGAAAAUGCACCAUCAGCAGAAAACAGCCUUCAGCUGAAUCUGCCAAGAAUGGCCAUUUAGCAGAAGAAUGGACAUUUAAGUGUGACUGGGUUGAGAGCACAUUGGCUUUGAUGAAUGCCAUUAAUGGAUACUUCAAUGUGGUAGGUGUUUGGGCAUCAUUUUUGUGGGGUUUUUGAGGAGAAAAUACAUCAUCAGUAGGGAACAAUAUCCAGCCAAUUCUGCAGAAAAUGGACAUUUAGCAGAAGAAUGGACAUUUAAGUGUGUCUUGGUUAGGAGCAAAUGGACUUUGAAGGAUGCAAGUGAGGAUUACUGUACUGUGGUAGGUGUUUGGACAUCAUUUUUUUGGGGUUUCGCCUGAGAAUGUAUCAUCAGCAGCAAACAGCAUUCAGCCAAAUCUGCAGAGAAUUGACAUUUACUGGGAAAAUGGACAUUGAAAAUGUGACUGGGUUGAGAAGUGAUAGACUUGGUUAAGUGUGGUGAAUAACUGUCUGUCUUGGAGGCACCAUUUUUGUAGGGUUUUGACUGAGAGAACGCACCGUCAGUGGAAAGCAGCUUAAAGGGGAAUCUGCAGAAAGUGGACAUUCAGCAGAAUCAGUGGAAAAUUGGACAUUAUUCGAAGACUGACUGGGUUGAUGAAACAUGAAAUUUGUCAAGUGUGAGUAGUAGAUUUUCGUGGAGUUUUGUCUGAGAAAACACAUCAACAGAAAACAGCUUUUUGUAGAAUAAGAGGAAAUUGGAUAUUAUUGGAAGUGGAGCUGGGUUGGUUUGAAAUGGAUUUUUUUUUAGUAUUGUGUGAAAUUCUUAAUUUUAAUGUAGGUAUGUGAAAAGUUCAUAUGGGCACCAUUUUGGGGGGAUUUGAGCUUCAAAAAUUCCCUAUCAGCAAGGAAUAUUGAGCUAUGAAGUAGACUGGGUUGGUUUGAGAUAGUAAGGACUGUACAUGGUUCAGUGGUGUGUGUUUAUGAAGAUUGUAGGAAUGAUGUGAAUGUGCCAGGAGUCUGGGUGCCAUUUAACUGAGAAAGUGCAAUAUCAGUAGAAUUAACAGGACAGGACAUGGAGAUGUUCCAGAGAUGAGUGAAGCACUUGACAAAAAAUCAUAGCAGGGGCUUGGGAAGGGCCAACCAUUUCUAUGGUAUUGUACCUGGACUUGUCAAUUACCACAGAAAUGUUCACAAAAUAUUGACUGGUAUAAAUUGGUCCUUAUUUGUGCCAGAUGAGCCUACAUCUUUUAUAGAUGAGUCUUGAUACAGUGGAAUAGUUAAAACCAAUCCAUCCUAACCUGCAUUUACUGCAUUUGGAGAAUGGAUGUAUGGAAAUAUACCUACUAUUUUUCACUCCUUUGUGAAUGGAGUAUGAGUGCCAUUUUUGUGAGUUUUGGUCAUUUGAUCAAAAGUUCUGAAAUCAGACAAAGUACCAUAGUACUUUGACUGAGGCUCAUGUGUAGAUACUUGGUUUGAACUGAGAAAUGUCGAUGUUCAUUUGAGCCCUGUAUGAAACACCUUAUGAUAAAUGCAACCAUAUCUGCAAGUGAACGUGAUUUAGCGUUAAACAUAGUGUUUGCAUUUGGUCCUAAGGACUUUCUAUACAAGGUAGAAUCCGGAUAAAAUGAAGUAUGGUAGGGUUGAUAGAAGAAGUUGUAAAUUGAACACAUUUUUAUCAUCAAUUUAAUGCAUUUGGAAAAUAAAAUUGUAUUGAGAAUAUGGGUUCACAGAUAGUGAGGAGUCUAAAUUGGAAAAGUGCAGAAGAGGGGACAAUUGAUGUGCAAUUUCAAGAAAAUUCGUUCUUGUUAGUCAGAAAUGUUGUAGAUAAGGCUUGGGUUAUUGCUCUGUGAAUUUGUUGGUUGAAUUUUAAUGUAUCUAGAGUAGGCUAUGAAUGCUGAUCUUGUGGUAGUUUUACAGAGAGAGUGCCAUAUAUCAUCAAAGAAACCAUUUGGAUUGGACAUUUUCAAACUUGAUGUAAUUAUUAUCAAUGUGUAAAACUGUUGAAUAGAUGUAAGCAAAUCUUGACAUUUGUGAUUGUAUUUGAUUUAGUUGCGAUAUAACUAGGCCUACCAGUAAUAUUGGGAACUAUAAUUUUUGUGGGAUGGUGACUGAAAUGGUUAGCAUUACUGUACAGAACAAAAAGCAUCAUAAAAUGUGUAAAUUGGACAAAGUUUGGAAGUCUGAGAUAUCAACUUCGAUUUAUCAAGAUUUUCAGGUAUGGCAAAGCACUAUGGAUAACAUUACUGUGAACAUCCUCCAACUAGGAACAAACUCAAAUUGACAAAACUUACAAAUAGGAAAAACUGGAUGGAACAUAAUUUAGUCAAUUUAGAUAUAAGAUCAGUUAUUUAGGUAUCCUAUUAAAGUCCUUCCACACUGUAAAAAUAUCACACAAGCAUCUUCUGUAUUGCUGAUCACAAAUAAACUGGUGUUAAAACAUAACUGGAGGAUAACUACUUGUAACAAGGUAAUUAACUAGUCUGAUUAACUAGGCUACUAAAGACCAUCAUUUUGCUUAUAUUUUGAAAAAGGUAGAUACAUUUUCUUGUCAUCCAGGAAUAAUGUUGUCAUACGUGAAAACUCAAAAAUUAACUCCUGCUCUUGGAAAAAAUAUGUAUUUUUGUCCUUCACUCAUAGAUUAUUUUAUUGUGGUUAUCAUCUGUCUCACUUCAACUCAUGAAGUGAGUAUAGAAGCCUCUUAAUAGCUGGUUCAUCUGGCCCAGAGGACCAGCUUAUGAGAAUUUUUCUGUCCCUCAUUCUAUGAAACUAUCUCCUACUCUUUAGAUCAUAAAAAUACAGUACACUUGUAUUGGACAGAGAUUCAUCACCACUACUAUAAAUCCAAAAACCUGUACGCUCCAUCCAUUUACACUUGAAUUGAGGGCAAACACAUCCU